GCGAGGCAGCCAAUGGGGAGGCGCGGGGGGCGGGGCCGCGCGCGCGGGGCGCAGAGGAGCCGCGGUCGCUGCGGGCGCCGAGAAACCCGUGACCUUGUGGGGCAUCGCGCAGUUAAAAAUAUCCCACGGGAACUUCAUGUGUGCGGACUCCAGGCGGCCUCCGGGGCUCCCUGUUUCCCGUCCCCAGCUGGGACCGAGGCGUGCGGGCUCGUCGGGGGACAGAGCCAUGUGUGACGGGGACACUUAGCACCAUGCUGGCUCCGGAUGCGACAACUCCCGCUGCCCCUGGUGCCGAGGGGUCAGGAGUUUGCCAGGGAACGCUUUUCCUGCUUCCCUGCGCUGGCUGGGAUAGACAGCCCGGACCUCGCUUUUUGAGUUCAGCUUUGGCAUAAAUACAUCGAGCCCGGCGUCCUGCGUUUUGCUUUUUGGAAAGCAGAUAACUCGAUCUCCUUUUGGAACUGCGGUAUCCAGAGAUGGGUGCGUGUAGUGUUGUGUCCCCGUGUCCAGAAGACAGCCCCGAUGGAGGACUUUCCCGGGAUAGGUUUUGACACGAGCGUUUCACAAGUGGGACUGCAAAAGGCGUUAUUUAAAGCUCUGGGAGCUGCAGCCUCUGGAGGGACGGGAUGGCUGUGAGCAUGGACGAUGACGUUCCCCUCAUCCUCACCCUGGACGACAGUGGGAGCACUGCCUCAGCCCCUCUGGAUGACCUGGAUCGGGAGGAGCUGCCUAACGAAAAUGGAGGCAGCUAUGACGUUGUCCAUGAUGCCUCCAGCCCUGCGGCGGGGGACUGCUGCGCUCAGCAAAGCGCCCGGCACAACUGGGAAAUGAACUACCAAGAGGCAGCCAUCUACCUCCAGGAAGGAGAAAAUAAUGAUAAGUUCUUCACUCACCCCAAAAAUGCCAAAGCACUCGCUGCCUACCUCUUUGCACACAACCACCUUUUCUACCUGAUGGAGCUGAGCACGGCACUGCUGCUCCUGUUGCUGUCCCUCUGCGAGGCUCCAGCGGUCCCUAUGCUCCGGCUGGGCAUCUUUGUCCAUGCAACCCUGGAGCUGUUUGCGUUAAUCGUGGUCGUCUUUGAACUCUCCAUGAAGAUGAGGUGGCUGGGCUUCCAAACCUUUAUCAGGCACAAAAGGACUAUGGUAAAGACCUGCGUGCUGUUUGUGCAGUUCAUUGAGGCCAUCGUGGUGCUGGUGCGCCAGACCUCGCACGUCCGGAUCACCAGGGCCCUGCGCUGCAUCUUCCUCGUGGACUGUCGCUACUGUGGGGCUGUCAGAAGAAAUCUGCGACAGAUCUUCCAGUCCCUCCCACCAUUUAUUGACAUUCUUCUCCUCCUCCUUUUCUUCAUGGUGAUUUUUGCUAUUCUAGGUUUUUAUUUGUUUUCUCCUAACCACUCCGACCCGUACUUCAAUACUUUAGAGAACAGCCUCGUGAAUCUCUUCGUGCUUUUGACCACUUCAAAUUUCCCUGAUGUGAUGAUGCCGUCUUACGCCCGGAACCCCUGGUCCUGUGUCUUCUUCAUCGUGUAUCUCUCCAUUGAGCUGUACUUCAUCAUGAACUUGCUUCUCGCUGUGGUGUUUGACACUUUCAAUGACAUCGAGAAGAGGAAAUUCAAGUCCCUGCUGCUGCACAAGCGCACGGCCAUCCAGCACGCCUACGGCCUGCUGGUCACCAAACAGAGGCCAUCUGGAAUUUCCUUCAGGCACUUCGAAGGGCUGUUGCGGUUCUACAAGCCUCGGAUGUGUGCCAGGGAGAGAUAUCUCACCUUCAAAGCACUGAAUCAGAGCAAUACUCCUUUAGUCAGUCUAAAGGAUUUUUACAAUUUCUAUGAAGUUGUUGGCUUAAAAUGGAAGGCAAAACGAAACCGCGAGCACUGGUUUGAUGACCUUCCACGGACAGCAUUCCUCAUUUUUAAAGGCAUCAACAUCCUUGUGAAGUCCCGUGUGUUCCAGUACACCAUGUAUACUGUGGUGGCUGUGAAUGGAAUUUGGAUUCUUGUUGAAACCUUCAUGCUGCAAGGAGGGAAUUUCUUCUCCAGGAACGUCCCAUGGAGCUACAUAGUCUUCCUCACAAUCUAUGGUGUGGAGCUGCUCCUGAAGACCACUGGGCUGGGGCCUGUGGAAUACCUGUCCUCAGGCUGGAAUCUCUUUGACUUCUCAGUCACCCUGUUUGCAUUUUUGGGGCUCAUGGCACUGGCUUUUGACAUGGAGCCGUUCUACUUCAUCGUGGUCCUGCGGCCCCUCCAGCUGCUGAGGUUGUUUAAAUUGAAGAAGCGCUACAGAAACGUCCUCGACACCAUGUUUGAGUUGUUCCCUCGGAUGGCCAGUCUGGGUUUAACCCUGCUGAUCUUCUACUAUUGCUUUGCCAUUGUUGGCAUGGAGUUCUUUGCUGGCGUGGUCUACCCAAACUGCUGCAACACAAGCACAGUUGCAGAUUCCUACCGCUGGGUGAAUCACACAGUCGGCAACAAAACAGUUGUGGAAGAAGGGUAUUACUAUCUCAACAACUUUGACAACAUUUUGAACAGCUUUGUCACACUGUUUGAGCUGACAGUUGUCAACGACUGGUACAUCAUCAUGGAAGGGGUGACAUCCCAAACUACUCACUGGAGCCGUCUUUACUUCAUGAUCUUCUAUAUUGUGACCAUGGUGGUGAUGACAAUCAUUGUGGCUUUUAUUCUGGAUGCUUUUGUCUUCCGCAUGAACUACACUCGGAAGAACCAAGAUUCAGAAGAAGAUAACGGCAUCGUGCUGGAGAAGGAGAUCUCCAAGGAGGAAGUGAUUGGUGUAAUCGAGCUGUACAAGAGGAGUUCAGCUGCCACUGAAACAGCUCAGCUGCAGAAGAUCGUUUUGCAGAUGGACAAAUAUGGGCAAAUGUCAACAGUGUUUCUGGGACGCAGAUCAAGGACCAAGAGUGAUUUGAGUAUGAAGAUGUAUGAGGAGGAGAUACAGGAAUGGUAUGAGGAGCACUCCAGAAAAGAGGAAUCUCAGACACCACUGCAAGAGCCUGCAUCUGCUUCCAACAGCUCUCUGAAGCCCCUGAGCCUCCGACAACGCUCCCAGACUGUCAUUUAGGCCUAGCUAACGCGAGCCGCCUUCUAUGCAAUAACCUAGAGUAUCCCUUCACAGUGUAUUUUGGGAUGAUGUAUAUAGACCUGUCAGUGUACUGGUUUAGGAUUCAAAUCCCUUCCCCAGCAGUGGGUUGCUGAAAAAACCAGAGGCCCAGGGGGCUCUGUGUAAGGCUGCUGCACACAGGUUGAGUAGGGUGAACAUUUUGGACAGAACAGAGCCCUUGUCCCCCUGAGCCACUUCCCAGGCUCCAGCCUGCUGCCUGUUCCUGCUGCCUGUCUUACCACUAACAGACCAUGGGGAAAGGGAUGUGUAAUCUAUUAACAGCAGGGAAUUUGCUGAAGUCACCUGCUUAGUAUUAAAACCUCGGCCCUUUUUGAA